AUGAUGGGAAGUCGUCCACAUUCCCCUUCGGGGACUGGUCCUGUGGAUCUUUCAAUGCCUCGGAACGGGAUGCGGCGCGAUUCCAUGCGAAGCAGCAUGAGUGUCGUGUCGGACGUGGAGAUGGCACGUAACGAGGUUUUUGAUGGACCGAUCUCGGAAAGCAUUCCUUCUAGUGUUGUGUCAUUCGCACACCGUCGCAAUCGAACAGGCUCUACCGUCAGCUUCACAUACUUUCAAGACGGAGAGGACUUCGAGGAGUGGUCGAAUGAGGAUGCGGUAGAGGAAGAGAGCGAGAUCGAUGAAGAGUCAGUCCAUGCGAUGGGCGACGAAGACCUCGAGUCAGCUAGAGGGUCCUUUGUUUCAAAGAGACUAUCUGUAUCUCGUGACUCUGUCGAGCAUCCUCUUCUUUCUCGCUAUAUGUCGGCAAGCUCCUAUGGACAUGACCGACGAUCCGGCAACAGGCUGAAUCAGAAGGUCUAUAUCGCAUCAGAAGAUUUGACCGCUGUCUUUGCUGGCUUCUCCACAAGCGCUGGCGGGUUUGCCCUAUAUGUCGCCCUCUGCAUCUUGACUGGUGGCUUUGCCUACCUACUCUUUCGGUGGCUGCCAAGAUGGCGGGUUCGAUUAAUUGGGAAGCCGACUCCCAUCGGAAAAUGCCAGUGGGUGGCAAUCGAGGAUCAAUGGAAUCAAUUCACUAUACAUGAAAUCGGCAGCCAAGCCUAUGGCCGUCCUCUUUCUACGGUGUUCGCUGAUUCUUCGAGUCACACCUAUGAUGAAGAUAGCGAUCCGACUAUUGAUUCACUGCAUUUUAUUGAUUACAGGUACUUGAAGUUCUUUUACCAUCCCCUUGAGGAUAAAUUCUCCUUGAUCAAUGGCUGGAAAGAUCCCUCGUGGACAAAUGCCAAGGUCAUGCGAGUAGGGUUAGAUGCCGAUGAGCGAGACAGCAGAGAACAAAUCUUCGAGCGCAACGUUAUUGAAAUUCAUCAAAAGACUGUGCCUCAGCUUCUUCUCGAAGAGGCUUUUCAUCCUUUCUAUAUCUUCCAAGUCGCCAGCCUUGUUCUUUGGUCGAUGGACGAAUACUAUUACUAUGCCGUCUGCAUUUUCCUCAUCUCAUUUUUCAGCAUAGCAACAACUGUGCUUGAGACCAAAUCGACAAUGAGUCGGCUCAGAGAGAUUUCUCUUUUUGAAUGUGAUGUUCGUGUUCUGAGAAACGGAUUCUGGCGAUCGGUUUCCUCUCAGGAGUUGGUUCCUGGCGAUGUUUUUGAGUUCUCGGAUCCCUCGCUUAACCAGGUCCCGUGUGACUGCAUAUUGUUGUCAGGGGAUUGCAUUGUGAAUGAAAGCAUGCUCACUGGCGAAUCUGUCCCGGUCUCCAAAGCACCUCUCACCGAUGACGCCCUCAAAUAUCUUGAUCUUAGCACCCCUUCUAUACACCCCCAGGUUGCCAAGCAUUUCCUCUUCAGCGGAACAAAAGUGAUACGCGCUAGACGACCUCAGAAUGUUGAUGACGAUGAAGCAGUAGCUUUGGCAAUCGUUGUCAGAACUGGCUUUUUGACAACAAAGGGUGCACUAGUUCGCUCUAUGCUUUUCCCCAAACCUUCCGGAUUCAAGUUCUACCGGGACUCGUUUCGAUACAUUGCAGUUAUGGGCGUGGUUGCUCUCCUUGGUUUCAUUGCCUCGUUUGUCAAUUUUGUUCGGUUGGGCCUCGCCUGGCACUUGAUCAUAGUGCGAGCCCUCGAUCUGAUAACGAUUGUUGUGCCGCCAGCUCUUCCGGCCACACUUACCAUUGGAACCAACUUUGCUCUUUCUCGACUGAAGAAGCAGAGUAUUUUCUGUAUCAGUCCACAGAAGGUGAAUGUUGGUGGAAAACUUGACGUUGUCUGUUUUGAUAAAACUGGAACUCUGACCGAAGAUGGGCUGGAUGUCCUCGGAGCGCGCAUCGUAACCCGCGCUCAAAGGUUUUCCGAAUUGCUCUCUGAGACCUCUGAUGGUUUCCUUCUCCCUUCUAAGAAGGCAAACUCUGCAUAUGAUCUCGAUAAGCAAAGAAAAAUCAUGUACACCAUGGCGACGUGUCAUUCUCUCAGGGUAGUGGACGAUGAGCUACUAGGGGAUCCUCUCGACGUGAAGAUGUUCCAGUUCACUGAUUGGACUUUCGAAGAGGGAGGAAAUCAUGUUUCGGACCGAGCCCACAAAUACGACACCAUUGCACCCUCAGUUGCAAAGCCUCCUCAGCAUGCCAAUCAAGAAGAUACUUCGGCUAAUCGCCUGGAGCUCGGAGUCCUACGCAGCUUUGAGUUUGUCUCCCACCUCCGCCGCGCGAGUGUAGUGACCAGAAGAUUCGGUGACAACGGAGCAAGCUUCUUUGUAAAAGGUGCACCGGAAAGUAUAAAGGAUAUUUGCGUUCCUGAAUCUCUUCCCUCGGAUUAUGAAGAUCUCCUGAGUUACUACACACACAAAGGAUAUCGUGUGAUUGCAUGCGCCACCAAGUAUGAACGAAAGCUUAGUUGGAUGAAAGUCCAGAAAAUGACUCGAACCGAUGCCGAAUCAAACCUGGAGUUCUUAGGUUUCAUAAUUUUCGAAAACAAGCUGAAACCUAGCACUGCCAGUGUGAUUUCUGAGCUGAACGAAGCGGGAAUACGCAAUGUCAUGUGCACAGGUGACAAUAUUUUGACUGCAAUAAGUGUUGCGCGCGAAUGCAAAAUGCUUGGAGCAGAUGAACCAUGCUUCAUUCCCCAUUUGAUUGAAGAGCCCGGUCUUUUUUCCAAAACUUCUCUCAUAUGGGAAAGCGUGGACAACCCUGAUCUUCGAUUGGACCCGAGAACACUUAUGCCUAUUGAUACCGGUGAAAACGACAUUUCCAUUCCAGGGAACGCCAUCGCCGAGCUUAAGUUCUCUGUUGCCGUGACUGGUGAUGUAUUUAGAUGGAUGAUCGAUUACGGAAACGAGGAUGUCCUCAAUAAGGUACUUGUUUGCGGAAAGGUAUUCGCCAGAAUGUCUCCGGACGAAAAGCAUGAACUGGUUGAGAAACUUCAGUCCAUCGAUUACUGCUGCGGCUUUUGCGGAGAUGGUGCCAAUGAUUGUGGUGCACUGAAAGCCGCCGAUGUUGGUAUUUCCUUGUCAGAUGCCGAGGCGUCCGUCGCUGCACCUUUCACUAGUCGAGUAUUCGAAAUCUCCUGUGUCCCGACCUUGAUUCGCGAGGGCCGAGCUGCUUUGGUGACAAGCUUUUCCUGCUUCAAGUUCAUGAGUCUUUAUUCCGCCAUUCAAUUCUCCUCUGUCAGCUUCCUCUAUACUUCAGGGUCAAACCUGGGUGAUUUCCAAUUCCUCUUCAUCGAUCUUGCGCUCAUUAUGCCAAUUGCAAUCUUCAUGGGAUGGGCUGACCCUGCCCCCACGCUAUCUCGGAAGCGUCCAACCGCCGACCUUGUUUCACGCAAGGUAUUGACACCGUUGCUUGGACAUAUCUCAAUUGUAGUACUAUCGCAGCUUGCUGUUUUCCAGACAGUACAAUUACAGCCAUGGUUUAUGCCGCCGCAGCUGGACCUCGAGAAGAGCAACAUUGUCAACUCAGAGAACACAGCUUUGUUCCUGUUCUCCUGCUUCCAGUACAUCCUGACUAGUGUCAUUCUCAGUGCUGGUCCCCCGUUCCGGAAACCAAUGACAAUGAAUGUGCCAUACCUCGUUACUAUCAUUGUUGAUCUCUUCAUUUCGGCUUACAUGCUCUUCAGGCCUUCUCAAUGGGUCGUGGACGUUAUGCAACUGACGUCUAUGUCUGACGGGUUCCGAAGCUGGUUGGUUGCGCUGGCUUUGGGUGUCUUCGCUCUCGCCUGGAUAGCGGAGAAGAACAUUUUCCCUCGCCUGGCACAGAUACUUGGACAUGCUCGUGCCCGCUUGCAGCGAAACUAUCACAAGAAGCGUCGCAUGUACAAGGUGCUGUUGGAGGAAAUGCGCAUGUAA